AAAAAGACACAUAUCGCAUUUAGAAAAUAGAUAGGGUGAAUUGUCAUAUCGUGCUGAUUUUAAAUCCUCGAAACAAAACAAUAUUUUGAUGAUCAUCUUAUUUAUGCAGUCUUUAAAACUGUGACUUUUUCUCUAGUAAGUAUGCAGUUUCAUUGUGAUAAAACAAAGAUUCAAGCAACAAUUGGAAGCACGUUCACUAUUACCUGCACCUACAGAACAACCCAGUUCCGAUUUAGCAAGAAGUACUGGUGUGCUGGAGACUCCAGAGCCUCGUGUGAGGUUCUGAUGGACACAGAUGGAUUCACACAGGCGGCGUACAGAACACGGGCUCAAAUCAUUGACGGAGUUUCUAGAGGCUUGAUUGUUAAUGUAAGAGAUCUAAAGUUGGACGACACUGGGAUAUAUUGGGUGGCGAUUGACAAAAUGUAUUCGGAUAUAAUGACCAGGAUCCAAGUUACAGUAACAAAAGAGGCUGUAAUGAAACCACACUUUUGGCCUCUCAGUUCUCUGGAGAUGACAUGCUGGGGACAACUAGUUGUGUUUCGCUGUAGGAGUGAGAGAGGAACGGAUGUGCAGUACACUUGGUACAGAGUUGGAAAACCAAACAAUAUCGUACUGCACAAUUCCACUGAUCUCCAUCUCCAUUGUUCAAAUAUCACUGAAGACAGCCAACUUUUCUGCUUGGCCUCUAAUGAUGUCAGCAGCCAGAGAAGUGAAUUUAUUUCUCUGCAAAUCCUUCAGCCUGCAGACAAGAACUGUGUUUAUCUCAUCUCAUCUAAGGCUCUCUCUAGCUAUGACUGCAUAAGAAGCACAACAUCACUCUCAACAUCCAUCCAAACUACAGAGGAAUUACUGAGCUCUGCAACAGUCUCUCAACUCGCAUGGAGUGAGAAUAAGACGAUGUCUUGGUCUGGCUUACCUCUAUGGCAUGAGUGUCUUCGUUGGCUUCUCUUCUCAGCUAUGAUUACCAUCUUAUAUCUAGUGCUCACAUGCUCAAAAUCAACAUCCAGAAGGCUUAAGGCUCAAGUCAAACACAUCUGACUGAGAACCAUGAUCACAUCUUCAUUACACAGUGUUUUUAUUCAUGGUGUGCAUGUACUGUUUGCAUUAUUUUUAC